CCAUUACACUAUAUAAUCAAGGGGUUAUUAACUCCACAUCCUUUCUUUUCACAAACUACAUAAAAACAUGUCAAAGACAAAAAGGUAAUAACUUUUAAAAAAAAAAAAAAAAAUCAAGAUCAAGAAAUAGAAGCCAUGGAUGAAGAGCUCUACAAAGCAUCACUAGAAGGCAACACAAAUCUCCUACUAACCCUAGUCCAACAAGAUAGAUUGAUCCUCGACCGCGCGAAUUCGAUCACGUCGUAUUUGGAGACGCCGCUCCAUGUCGCGGCCAUGCGAGGCCACAAAACGUUCGUAACGGAGCUUUUGAAGAUCAAGCCGGAGCUAACGAGCGAGCUCGAUUGGCGGCAAUCGUCGCCGCUCCAUUUGGCGUCGCUCAAAGGGCACGCCGAGAUUGCGAAGAUUUUGGCGCAAAAAAAUCCCGGCAUGUGCCUUGCACGUGACAGGGACGGCAGAAACCCUAUCCAUGUCGCGGCCGUCAUGGGGAGAAUCGAAACCCUAAAGGAAUUGAUAACGGCAAAGCCCGAGGCGGCUCGCGCCAUGGUCGAUGGCGGCGACACCGUUUUGCACCUUUGCGUAAAAUACUCGCAGCUCGACGCGUUGAAGCUUUUGAUGGACACGACGGAUUGUCGUGAUUUGGUGAAUAGUAAAAAUCGGGAUGGGAACACCACGUUGCAUCUCGCCGUUGUUGAAAAGCAAGUCGAGAUAACCGAGUUUCUACUAUCACUCGACACAAUUGAAGUCAACGCAACGAGCUCAAGCGGAACAACGGCGAUGGACAUUUUAAUCAAAAGAAAAAUAGACUCGAGAGACAUAAAAAUGGAAGAAAUCCUCAAGAACGCCGGAGCUUUAGGGACAAGACCGGAAACCAUCAUCGACCCACCAAGAUUAGUCGAUACCCAAAAAAACCCUUAUGGCGCCAUCUCCGAAUACCCCAAAAAUCCAAUCCUCUUGUCGCCAAAAGAGUUCCAAAAGCUAAUCAAGAAAAGCGACGAUUGGUUGGACAAGAAACGGAGCGCAAUGAUGGUUGUAGCCACGCUAAUCGCGAGCAUGGCAUUCCAAGUUGGAAUAAACCCGCCGGCGAACGUUUGGGAAAAUAAUACGAAGACAACGACCUCGGCGAGGCCGGGGGACGUACAAUAUUACCUAACAAAAAUAUACGUGUACCUCAAGAAGUACGCGCCGUUUUACAUUGUGAACACGGCGGGUUUCAUCGCGUCCUUGAGCAUUAUUUUCCUAUUGAUGAGCGGAUUGCCGCUAAAAAAUAGGGUUUCCAUGUGGGCUUUGAUGGUGAUCACGUGGAUCGCGAUCACGGCGAUUGCGGUAACGUAUACGGUUUCGCUCAUUUUGAAUACGCCCGACAACAAGAAGAGUUCGAUCUAUUCUAUCAUAGGGAUCACCGUGUUCGUGUGGAUUUGCUUGAUGGCACUACUCGUGUUCGGGCACACUCUUCGUUUACUUUUUAAGACGGUCAAGAUGUUCGUCAAAGUGUUGAGACCUAUAAGAAAGAAACCCCGUCGUCUAGUACAACCUCAGGUUUGAUCGAAUGCGGUUUGUAUUUUGAGCGAGGGGUGUUUUUUUUAAGUUUGAAUUUAGAUUUCGGAUUUGAAUACAGUUAAACUUUGAAUUGAAACUAUGUUAGAUGUAAUGUUUUAAGGAAAAAUAAAUCUUUAUGUGAUAUAUUAAA